UUUUCCUUUGCUUUUAUUAUUUUGGUAGGGAGAGAGAGAAUGAAGCUCUAGGCUUUAAAGAGAGAAAGUCUCUCUAAGUUUUUAGCUUCUUUCCGCACAGACAUACAGUCUCGGCCGGUUGCUUUGAUCACCUAAAGGGGUUUUAUUUCCCCACUGAUGUUUCCAAGUCGAGAUUGUGGUACAUAUAAAAAAAACAGAUCAAAUGCCAUCAUUAAAAAUGAAGACCAACCUAAACAUGAGCUCUCUAAGAGAAAAAAAAUGUCUCGGUGUGUGUCAGAAGUCUAAUAUAAUAUCCAAAAAAUCAUGCUCCCAAGUCUCAGUUUCUCGACAAGCAGCAGAAUCUGACAAGUGCGUUCAGAAAUGUCAGGAUGGCUAUGUUGCUUCGAGUAUGGAAAUAUACACCCAGGGGGAGGACAUUAAAAAUGAUGAAGCCGUUGACCAGCAAGACUUACCACGUGAUGGAAAUUCUCAGUUUCUGAAGCACCCACCAACCUCUGCAGAUUCUGGCACAGCUGGGGAUAUGGAAUCUAUAUAUAACUUUGCAUCAAACUUCGAGACAAUUUUUUCUCCUGUUCUGGAGCUCAUUGAAGUCCACAGUGUGGCAAAUAUUUAUGAUGAUGCAGGGAGUAACAGCAAUCUUGACGUGCCAGGUUUGGGUAUUGAUGACAGUGAUGAUAACAGAAGCUCAUGUGAUUAUCAAACUUGCAACAUAUCAGAUUUCUUUAUUUCUGACAUGAUUAUUGCUAGCUUACCAUUUGAUGGGAGCACUGUUAAUGAUUUGACCGAUGCCAAUCCUUUUCCUGAUUACAAGUGCGCUGAGCCGAGUAUGUUGUUUGAUGUGGCUGAAGAGUGCAUGAUACUACCUUUUCUUGAGGAUACUGCAAAAAUGAGCGACUCUGAUGAUAUGAAAUCAUGUGAAGAAGCCAUGACAGAUUCAGAUAAUAGUAGCUUAUACCUAGCAAUUAAUCAGAUAAGAUCUUGUGACCGGGAAUCUGAUCUAAACAUUGACUCGGACCAAGCAGAAGACUUUGAUCCUCAGUUCUUUAUAAAAAAUUUACCUGAAUUAUCUGAUGUGGUUUCAAAUUUUCUGCCCUCUAUACACCCUAAGGAGUCUUGCAGAAGAAAGUCCGUAACCCUAGUGCUUGAUUUGGAUGAAACACUUGUCCACUCAACAUUGGAACGCUGUGAUGAUGCAGACUUCACCUUUACUGUGUUUUUCAAUAUGAAAGAGCACAUAGUGUACGUAAAACAGAGGCCUCAUGUCCACACUUUCUUGGAGAGAGUUGCAGAGAUGUUUGAAGUUGUUAUCUUCACAGCUAGCCAGAGCAUCUAUGCAGCACAGCUUUUGGACAUACUGGAUCCUGAUAGAAAGCUUAUAUCUCGGCAGCUUUAUCGUGAAUCAUGUAUUUUUUCAGAUGGAAGUUACACAAAAGAUUUGACAGUUUUAGGUGUUGAUCUUGCUAAAGUUGCCAUAAUUGAUAAUUCACCACAGGUUUUCAGGCUGCAAGUAAAUAAUGGGAUUCCUAUUAAGAGUUGGUUUACUGAUCCAUCAGAUUGUGCACUAAUUUCAUUACUACCCUUCUUAGAGACCCUGGUUGAUGCUGAUGAUGUCCGGCCCAUAAUUGCAAAGAGAUUUGGUCAUUUGAGGAAACAUACUAGAUUAUCUGCUAAUGGAAAGUAUAGGUACGUUGGGUUAUUUUGCUAUUUUUUCCUGUUACUUUCUAGAUACGGCACUUUGCUACAGAAUGGACUCUGCUAACAAUUCAUUGUUCUAUGAAUUUACAAUGGACUCUGCUAACAAUUCAUUGUUCUAUGAAUUUACUACGCAAUGUUAAGAAUGGAUUGAGUUGUGUAGUCUUGUUUGUAUCCUGAUAAGAACGGAUUGGAUGACUGGUCAGUUUCUGUUCUUAAACCAAUGACUGAUCUCUAUGUAAACUAGCAUAGAACAUCCAAUUGGUGUAAUUGCCGCUAUACUAGUAGUUAUUUCUCAAAUA